AUGGCAGAACCCAACGGCGAUUCCAACGCUUCUAUGAGCAACUCCGUCACCGAUGUUGAGAAAACUCGACCAGGCUCAGAGUCCACGUUGACUCCUCGUGACAAGUCCGCCAAGAAAGAGACCAUGGUGUCUGAUGAGGACGCGCAAAAGCCCCCGCAAGAACCGUCCGUUCAUUCUGUGCACACUCCCAACGAGAAUUCCGAUGAUGCUGUCCCCAAUGGAAGCGAUACCAAGUCUCCCGAUACCGAUGGUGCUGCACCAGGAGGAGACUCGACAGCCGUACCGGCCGGCCGUGUCCCGCCUCAGACUCCUUCUCAGGCGCAGAAGCUGGGCAAGAGCAAGAUUAUCAUCAUCAUGGUCGCGUUAUGCAUGCCCCUCUUCCUAGCCGCUCUCGAUAUGACUAUCGUUUCCACGGCAUUGCCCGUCAUGGCAGCCCAUUUCAAAGCCACCCAGAGUGGCUACUCCUGGAUGGCCUCGUCCUAUCUGCUCGCCAACGCAGCCUGUAUCCCCCUAUGGGGUAAGAUCAGCGAUAUCUGGGGAAGAAAGCCGAUUCUCCUCCUAGCCAACUUCAUCUUUCUUGUAGGAAGUUUGAUCUGCGCGCUGGCCAUCAACAUACCCAUGAUUCUGGCCGGCAGAGCUAUCCAGGGUGCAGGAGGUGGUGGAAUCAUUAUUCUGGCAAAUAUUUGCGUCACGGAUUUGUUCAGCGUGAGGGAACGACCAAUGUACUACGCUAUCUUUGGUGCAACCUGGGCCGUUGCGGGAGCUCUGGGCCCCAUCAUUGGUGGUGCGUUUACCACCAGGGUUACCUGGAGAUGGUGCUUUUACCUCAAUCUACCUGUCGGCGGUGUGUCAUUUGUGAUUCUGCUCAUCUUCCUCUCCGUUGAAACCCCCAAGACCCCCCUCUUGGCCGGUCUCCGUGCUAUCGACUGGCUUGGGACCAUCACCAUCAUUGGCGCGACUCUGAUGUUCCUGUUUGGACUGGAGUUCGGCGGUAUCUCGUACCCCUGGGAUUCGGCCACGGUGAUUUGCUUGAUCGUCUUUGGACCGGUGGUUAUGGUGAUUUUUGCUCUCAUCGAAUGGAAGGUGGCCAAGUACCCAGUCAUGCCCAUGCGACUCUUCCGCGAUUGGCACAAUGUCGUGAUCUUUGGUGUGUGCUUUUGCCACGCCUUCGUGUUCAUUUCUGGGGCUUACUUCCUGCCGUUGUAUUUCCAAACGGUCUUACUGGCCACUCCUAUUCUGAGCGGGGUGUACACGCUGCCGCAGGUCUUAUCACUUUCGGCCAUCUCCGCUACCAUAGGCAUCAUCAUCCGCAAGACCGGCAGGUACAAGGAAGCGAUAACUUUCGGUUUGCUCCUCAUGACGCUCGGGUUCGGUCUCCUAAUCGACUUGAAGCCCUACGCAUCCUGGCCGCGCAUCAUCAUCUACCAGCUCAUUGCGGGAUCCGGCGUCGGGCCCAAUUUCCAGGCUCCCCUGGUGGCUCUCCAAGCCAAUACCCAUCCGUCCGACAUGGCCACUGCCACGGCGACCUUCGGAUUUGUUCGACAACUGGCCAGUUCCAUGUCUGUCGUGCUGGGCGGGGUUGUGUACCAGAACGUCUUCGCCAAGGAGAUCCCCAAACUGACUGCCAUCGUCGGUCCCGAAACCGCCGCAACGCUGGCCAGCUCCUUCUCUGGGUCUGACAAGGACCUCCUCAAAACCCUGCCGCCAAACCAGCGUGAGGCGGUAGCGGCAGCGUUCACGAAGGCUCUUAGUCGCGCCUGGAUUUUCUACUGUGCCGUUGCCGGGUUCGGUCUCCUUAUGAGCCUGUUCAUCAAGCGUAAGGAGCUGAGCUGGUCGCACCAGGUCGCCAAGACCGGUCUGGAGGCUCAGGAGCGUGCUCGCCAGGAGAUGAUAGCCGAGAAGAAGGCUCGCAAGGAGUCGUCCGCUGAGCAGCCAUCAGAGAAGGUCUAA